AUGGACGCCGCCGCCGCCGUUCACAAGCGCAAGCGACCCGAUGAGUCCGACCCCGGCCCCGGGGAGCUCGACCUCUCCGCCGCCGACGCCGUCGAGGUGCUCGACCUCCGCGCCGCCAAACGCCUCCUGCUGGCCUUCGAGCGCCGCCUCCGAGACAACCUCGAGGCGCGCAUGAAGUACCCCGACGACCCCGCCCGCUUCGCCGACUCGGAGAUCGCGCUCCACGCCGAGACCGACCGCCUCCGCCUCCUUGCCGGCGCGCCCGAGCUCUUCCCCGACCUCGUCCCCAUCGGCCUCGCCUCCUCCCUUGCCUCCCUCCUCACCCACGACAAUGUCGACCUCGCAGCCGCCGCCGCAUCCCUCCUCGCCGACCUCACCGACUCCGAGGACCCCUCCGACCUCGCCGCCGUCCAGGCCCUCGCCGACGCGCUCGUCGACGCCAACGCGCUCGACCUCCUCGUCCACAACCUCUCCCGCUUCUCCGAGACCGACUCCGACGAGGCUGAGGCCGUCCACAACACCCUCGCCGUCCUCGAGAACCUCCUCGACCUCCGCCCCAACCUCGCCGACAAAGUCUGCGACGGAACCAAGCUCCUACGAUGGCUCCUCUCGCGCCUCAAGGCACGCGAGUUCGACGCCAACAAGCAGUACGCCUCCGAGAUCCUCGCCAUCCUCCUGCAGAACAGCCCCGCCAAUCAGAAGCGCCUCGGUCAGAUCAACGGAGUCGACGCCCUGCUUCAGGCGGUUGCUAUGUACAAAUCCAGGGACCCAAAGACCUCCGACGAGGAGGAGAUGCUCGAGAACCUCUUCGACUGUCUCUGCUGCGUGCUCAUGCCCCUGGAGAACAAGGAGAGGUUUGUCAAGGCUGAAGGCGUUGAGCUCAUGAUCAUCAUUAUGAAACAGAAGAAGCUGGCAUACAGCUCCGCGAUCCGCACGCUCGAUUUUGCCAUGACCAAGUUCCCACCUGCGUGCGAGCGUUUUGUUGAUGUGCUUGGCCUUAAGACUGCUUUUGCGGCCUUCAUGGGUAAGAUUCCUGUGAACAAGAAAAACAAGAAAGAGAGUUAUCAGGAGGAGCUAGAAGAGCGUAUCAUUUCACUUAUUGCUUCAUUGUUUGGUGGUAUUACCAAAGGCUCACGAAGGAUGAGGCUACUAGGAAAAUUUGUUGAGAAUGAAUGUGAAAAGAUAGACCGUCUGAUGGAGUUCUACACAAGGUAUUCGGACAGAGUGAAAGAAGAGACUGAAAGACUUGAUAGCCUUGAUUUGGAAGAUUUAGAGAUGGACGAUGAUGAGCGGUAUAACCGAAAACUUGAAGCUGGGCUUUACACACUGCAGUUAAUUGCGCUUAUUCUGGGACACAUCUGGCACUCUGGAAAUUCCCAGAUGAGAGCAAGAGUAGAAUUGCUUCUUAAACAAAACAAACUUACGAAGCAAGAUGUGAAGGACAUACUUGAGGAGUAUCAUGACAACAUUGGGGACUUGGAUGGACCUGAAGAGAAGGAAAGAGCACAAGCGCGGACCAAGGAAAUUAUUGCGGCGUUGUGA